AUGCCACCAGCGACAUGUAUAUUCCAUCAGAUGGAGGGUCUUCCUGAAAGUGAUGCAACUGUCUUUGGGCAAUCCAUCACCGGAAUCACAUUGUUUAAACGCGGAUCUGUUAGGACAUGCUGCACCUUCUCCAAGGGUUAUAUGGUAAAUCCCACAAGAAACCUCUGCGAUUUUGAAACGGAAGCAGACUUCUCCCCAUUCCAAACCUUAACCCUUAUCCAUCAGACUCAUAUGGUAUGUACUCAAUGUUUGACAACAGGUCACGAAGUCUACGGUUUUGUAGGAAGUGAAUUCCAUGUGCAGACCUCAUUACCAGUCGACUAUCAAAUACUUGUCACAGACGAGGGUACGUUCCCGAUCUCAAAGGCAGGGCUCUGCUCCACCAAGCUUUUUCAAUGCCAAAUUGCAAAAGACGGCGUGGAGGAGAGAACACUGACCCUAAAGGGCACAAUGAAUGAGCAUUUAACCUACAUCUACCUCCUUUCUGAUGAAGACCUUAUUCCAACCACUAUCUACUUUUUCAACAACAACACCUGGUCAGAGUCUACCUCCGCUCACAAAAACAACGAUAAUGGGAAGGUCAUUGACACCGAGGUGACAAGCAAUGGGUCAACUGACUACUACACCUGCAAUUAUGGAGGCGAUUGGCUCACGCACGUCAUUCACUGGGGUAAGAUGUGUCAGCUAUACCUGCCUGUCAGGUGA